GACACCGAACAAGCACCCAUCACCACCACACCACUCACACUCAACCAACCGAACAUCCAAAGAAAACCGCAAUCAUGGCAUCCGGACCAGUUUACCGUGCCUUGAAAUGCACUCGGGGAUAUGCGACCGCCGCCUCAAAACAGCCACCGAUCCAGCUACAAGGACUCUCGGGAAAAUACGCAAGCGCUUUGUACUCGGCCGCUGUCAAGAAGGAUGAAAAGACCUUGAGCACCGUCGAGAAAGACCUCUCGUCCAUCCAGCGGGUACUCUCCAGCAAAGAUGGAUCGGCCAUCAAGCAAUUCCUCCACAACCCUACCCUUCAAGCAAGCGAUCGCAAGAAGGGGUUAUCCAACAUGAUGAGCAAACUUGGUCAACCCACCGAACUGACCAAGAACUUCUUCGACGUCCUAGGAGAGAAUGGACGUUUAUACGAAACCGAGAAGGUCAUCGAGGAUUUCUUGAACUUGAUGAGUGCGCAUCGUGGCGAAAUGACCAUCACGAUCACGUCGGCCCAACCGCUUGAAUCGUCGCUCCAAAGCCGUCUUGAAGCCAGCUUGAAGAAAAGCACUGCCGCUGAGUCCAAGACGGUUCGAAUCAAGAACGUCGUCAAGCCUACCAUCUUGGGCGGCCUGAUCGUCGACUUUGGCGACAAGACGAUCGACUUGAGUGUCUUGAGCCGCGUCAACAAGAUGAACGCCCUCCUUCAUGAAUCGGUUUGAAAAAGUCGCCUUUAAUAAACGUCAUAUCGGAUUACGUUGCCUCUCAAAAAAAAGGCCACUGCGUUCUCUAUGACUUAGAUUCCUUAGUAGCGAUCAAUGUUGUCUUAAUCUCCAGAAGGAAUUGAGAAUUGCAAAAAAAAAUGUCACUAUGUUUUCAGUAGCAAACAAGAGUUCCUAAAGGGGCGACAGAGCAGGAUCAUAAGCGCAGCGUUUUUUUUUUUUUUUUCUUUCAGAAGUAUCAUCACCAUAUGGUCCUCAUUCCGACAAAUGUUUGAACCUCGAACAAAGUAAACCUCAUCAUGAUUAUGCUACGAGAUGAUUAUGAGGCGGAAUAUAGCUGAUUGAUAUGUGGCGGAAAAGUCCAAUGAAGGAUUUAUCUAAGAACUUC